GAAGUCUUCGAUGAAAUUGAUUUGUCUGAUUUGUGUACUGCUGAAUGUAGCAUCAAAAACGUUAAUCACAGUUUUCAGGUAAUUACCGCAACACGUUCACUAGUGCUUUGUGCCGAGUCCCGCCGCGAAAUGGAAGACUGGGUUACCUCGCUCAAAUCCGCCUCGAUACCGGCACGUGCGCGCGGCGAUAGUUUCUACAUAGAACAACACGAUUUGUUCUUCAACCACCACCACUGGUAUGCAACGUCUCACGCGCGACCCACCUACUGCAAUGUUUGCCGCGAUGCUCUGUCCGGCGUUACCUCGCAUGGCCUCUCGUGCGAGGUGUGCAAAUGUAAAGUACAUAAGCGGUGUGCCGCCAAAGCCAUUGCCAAUUGCAAGUGGACUACAUUGGCCACCGUUGGCAAGGAUAUCAUUGAGGAUCGUGAUGGCAGCAUCAUAAUGCCACAUCAAUGGAUGGAGGGUAAUUUGCCGGUGUCAUCGACUUGUGCCGUUUGCAAGAAAACGUGUGGCUCUGUGCUGCGUCUACAGGAUUGGCGUUGUUUGUGGUGUCGCGAUACGGUACACGUUGCUUGUCGUCCACAACAUCCUGUCGCAUGCCCACAAGGACCAGCCAAGUUAUCGGUGGUGCCACCCACUUGUGUGCACUCCAUUGGUAAUGAUGACUCUUGGGAUGUGGAAAGUCCGAAGGGAAACUUUUCGCCGCUUUUAGUGUUCGUCAAUUCAAAGUCGGGUGACAAUCAGGGCGUCAAAUUUUUGCGGCGCUUCAAACAGCUCUUAAAUCCAGCGCAAGUAUUCGACCUCAUAUCGACCGGCCCCAGUUUGGGAUUGCGUCUCUUCAGGCAUUUUGAAAUGUUUCGGAUAUUGGUUUGCUCCGGCGAUGGUUCUGUAGGUUGGGUGCUCAGCGAGAUUGAUCGGUUUAACAUGCAUAAACAAUGCCAAGUAGCAGUUAUGCCCCUGGGUACCGGCAAUGAUCUUGCGCGCGUACUAGGUUGGGGCUCAUCCUGCGAUGAUGAUGCACAUCUGCCACAAAUACUCGAACGUUACGAAUCGGCUAGCACUAAAAUGCUUGACCGCUGGAGCAUAAUGGUCUUCGAGAAAGCCAUCGCUGUACAACCAAAGACCCCGAAGAUGUCAUUGUCGAGUGCACAAGAAGCGCUGCUCACUGGUAUGAUUACAGCGGCUAAUUUGAAUUUGCGCUCCAUUGUCGAGACGGAUGAUACUCAAACGCUCGUAACUGCCACGAAAACACUCUGCGAGACACUCGACGAACUAAUGGUGCAGAUCUGUGAGAGUCGCAGGGACGACGAACAAUUAACGAUUAAAUGUGACAUAUUGCGUGAGAAGUUGAGUAUGCUGCUGGAUGCUUUGCGCGAAGAAGAGACCGGUGUGCAUGCCGGUGAUGAUCUGCUAACGACAAUCAGUAAUAUAAUAGCAAAAAGUGCGCCCACCCCACCAACUGCCUCGCCUACGCCCUCGCCAUCUUCCUCACUGCUGUAA